AUGGCGGCAGAGAUCACCAACUCCGGUUCCCCAGAAGUUCACAAGGACACCCCUAAAAAAGACACAGAUGUCGGAAUUGCGCAUGUCGAGCGUCGGGAGUAUGGCGGGAAAGAUGCAACGGACUUCAACCAGGUCGAUAAGGAGGUCGCCAAGUACACAAGCGACGUCCGUAUUGACAUUGAUGAAGCGACCAACUCGCGCUUGAAGAAGCUGAUCAAUCGACGGGUGUUGGUUAUCAUGAUCAUCACUUACUUUCUGCAAGCAUUAGAUAAGGGCACUAUUUCUUUUGCGAGUAUAAUGGGCAUCCAGAAGGACACUGGACUGGUUGGCCAACAAUACUCCUGGCUGACAACAUGUAUCUACAUCGCUGUACUCACCGUCGAGUACCCCACGAACUGGAUUAUACAACGGGUCCCCAUCGCCAAGUACCUCUCCAUCAACAUCAUUCUAUGGGGAACGGUCCUCAUGCUCCAUGCAGUCGCCAAGAACUUCACAACGCUGGUCACUCUCCGCACACUCCUCGGCAUUUUCGAAGCCUGCUGUCAACCAAUCUUCAUCGUCAUGUCCAGUAUGUGGUUCAAGAGGGAGGAACAGGCCGCAACGGUGUCAUACUGGUACAUGAUGAAUGGUGCCCAGCAAGUAGUUGGUGGUCUGCUCGCUUACUGCUUCACCCUGCUCAAGUCCGGGCCUCUCAAAUCAUGGCAAGCCCUCUUCAUUUCCUACGGCGCCGUCGCCAUCCUUUGGGGCUUCUUCGUCCUCUUCUACCUCCCGGACUCGCCCAUGCGCGCCAAAUGCUUCUCCGAACACGACAAGGUCCUCCUCGUGGAGCGCGUCCGCGGCAACCAGACCGGGAUGCAGAACCGAGUCUUCAAGCGCGAGCAGAUGCUCGAAGCGUUCAGGGACCCGCAGACGUGGUGCUAUUGCGGCAUCGCGGUCACCACCACGCUCCCGACAUCCGGGCUCGGCGCCUUCGCCAACAUCAUCAUCACCGGCUUCGACUUUACCAUCCUGGAGACGCAGCUGCUGGCCAUGGUCCUCGGCUUCUACAUCAUCUUCGUGCUGCUGGGCUCGGCCUGGCUGGUCCGGAAGACAGGCCAGAACCUGCUCGUGAUGCUCGGCUUUGUGGUCCCGUCGUUCGUCGGCACCAUCGUCCUGAUGACGGUCGAGAAUACCGGCCGGGCGCAACAGGUCGGGCUCCUGAUCUCCUACUACAUCACGCUCUCCUUCUGGUCGGCCCAGACGCUUGCCCUGUCGAUGAUCUCGCGCAACAUCGCGGGCCAGACCAAGAAAUCCACCGUCGUGGCGACAAAUUUCGUGGCCUGGGCUACCGGGAACGCCAUCGGUCCUCAGGUAUUCCUGAAGUGGAACGCGCCGAGAUAUCUGAUCGCGUUCACGGUGCACCUGGUGUGCUACAGCUUGCUGGUGGUGGUGAUCCUGGGACUGAGGUGGCACCUGAGCCGCGAGAACAGCAGGAAAGAUGCCCUGGCCGAGGCGGGGAUCCAAGAGGCGCGGGAUCAGGAGUUCGUGCAUGCGUUUGAGGACUUGACGGAUAGGGCGAACCCGAACUUUAGAUAUGUGUUCUGA